AUGGAAGAAUUCGAUCGAGUUCCAAUUGACAUUCAAUCUAUCAACAACCCCAGUUUGAGUCCCAGCAUCAGCAGCAAUGGUCAUACAUUGACCAUAUCUCCUGGAAUGACACAAUAUUGGACUCCUCACUGUGAAUAUGAAAUCCAACCAGCAGUAGACAUGAUUUUUAAAACAUCGGAUGCUGGUAUUGAAUUCUACAAACAUUAUGAUUCCAAAGUUGGGUUUGACACGAGGUCUAGUUCUGUCGUUACAGCACGUGACGGGACAAAAAUUCAAAAGCAAAUCCUUUGCGACAGAGAAGGAUUUAAGAAUACAGGAGCUCAACAUUGUCACUCACAGUCAAGUGCAGAUGCAGGGGAAGGUCCUUCCCGUCCAAAGCGGCGAAGGGUUUCAAACAGAACUGGUUGUAGAGCUAGGAUUAUGUUUAAGUACAUUGGAGCAGCUGGGUACCAAGUUACAACUUUUAUUGAAAAACAUAAUCACAGCAUGUCUUCGGUUCUGGCAAGACAGUUUCUAAAGGGAAAUAGAAACAUCUCCAGUGUUCACCAGAAGUUUAUACUCGAUUGUGCUAAAGCAAAUAUUGGAGCAACAAAAUCACAUGGUUUAUACAGUCAGAUUGUGGGGGAUUACUUUGAAGUUGGAGCAAAUGUAGUGGACUUUAAAAAUGUCAAAAGGGAUCUUAGAGCAUACAUAUUGGGAGCUGAUGCUCAAAUACUGGUGCAUAAUCUUAUUAAGAAACAAGAGAUGUGCCCUGCAUUUGCUUUUGACUACGAAGUUGAUGAAGAUGAGCAGAUGAGCAGACUGUUUUGGGCAGAUCCAAUGUCAAAAAAGAAUUUUGCUGUAGUUGGAGAUGUUGUCUCUUUUGAUGCCACGUACUCAACAAACAGGUACGAUCUGGCAAUGGGUAUGGAACCAAGAAUAAUUGUCACCGAUCAAGAUCCAGCUAUGAAAGUGGCGAUUCCAACAGUUUUCAAGCAAGCCAGGCAUCGUUAUUGCAUGUGGCACAUCAUGUGUAAAGUUGGGGAAAAGGUGGGUCCUACGCUGAACAAGGAUGAGGAAUUCAGGAACAAACUGAACUCAAUCGUUUGGACGUCAUCUUUGGAACCUCCUGAUUUUGAGAAGCAGUGGAGAGAGCUCAUGGAAAAAACAACUUCUCGUUCCGAAAGUGAGAACUACACGUACAGCCGUUUUACUGGUCCCCAAUCAAGCCUAGUUGAAUUCAUGAUGAACUUUGACAGUGCUCUUAAAUCACAACGUAACACAAAUGCAAAGCUCAACAGUGACAACAAAGGCUACAAUCCAGAUAUGAAGACGCCUCUGGGGAUUGAAAAGCACGCUUCAAUCGUCUACACCAUUACUGUUUUCUAUCAAGUUCAGGAUGAAAUAUGUGCCUCCUGUUUCAAAUGUAUGGUGUUGAGUGUUAGAGAAGACGGUGGAAUGUUGCACUAUGAUAUUAUGGAUGGAAAGAACAAAAGAUUUACUGUGGUGCACAAUGUAAAUGACCAUGAGGCCAAAUGCAGUUGCAAGAUGUUUGAGAUGGUUGGACUGUUGUGUAGACACAUAUUUGUGGUCUUUAGAGACCUUGAAAGGAUCCCUCUGAAGUACGUGGUUAAUCAGUGGACUAAGGAUGCAUCUUUAAAAGCUACAUUUGAAAUAGAUGGUGUCAUUUAUGAUCAGAAUGGACCAAAGGAUGAAAUGAAGAUGUUGCUGAACAAAGUGUGGUUUGAUAUACACUGCUGUAUGGAUCUGGCAGGUUCAAACAUGGAGCAAUUGACUGCAUUUUCCCAAGUGAUUAAUGAACAGAAACAGCUGCUACUGUCAGGAAAGGAGAAAUUGUCCCCUCAGCACAGUAGGAGAACUGUUAUAGAAUCAUAUUGUGGAUCAACAGAAAUUUCAGAGAUCAACAUACUUCCACCGAAACAGGCAAGGAACAAGGGCAGCGGCAAGCGCAUCAAAAGCAGCAAGGAGUUGGCAAUGGAAAAACAAGAGAGCAGGAAGUGCAAUUUUUAUGGUGUUAGAGGAGAUCACCAUGACACCAGGACUUGCCCACUUAACCCCAAGAAUAAGGACAAGCAAAAGGGUAAGAAAAAGUACUUUGAAGACAUCUCUUCUGGUUCCGGCAGCAUCCGACACAUCACCAGCCACUCGCAAAUGCUCAACUCUCAGCCUUUGGAUGUUGUUUGGAAACUAGAUGAUGAGCUUGAAGCUGAGAAUGACAAAUGA